AGACCCGGCCUGGGAGCACCUCAGAUUUUUUGGUGUUGAAUAUCAAAAUGGAAUAUUGGUGUUAGGCCUCGGUUACGUACGUGUGUACUCUGACAGAACCAGUCGAGGAGAAAGGGGCGGAUUUUUUUCUCACGAAGGAUGUUAGUGGGUUAGGUGUGUUUGACAGGGAAAGUACCGAAAGGCGUCGUACAGGGGCGAGCACGUCACUUGUGUAACUGCACAAAUGUAAACUGUAUGUGUGUUUGUGUAUAUAUGUGUUGGGCAUCGUUUCUUCUUCGAGUUAGUCGUAGUCGUUAAAGUCUAGAUUUAGCCAGCUAUCCCGGCUUAAUUCAACUUACGUUCGUGAAACCUCUGUUGUGCAUGGUAAAACAGCUUAUCGAUUCGUUCAUCCGUUCAUCGUCCAUAUCGCUCGACUGCCUGUCAUACGGCGUACACACACUGAAUUGCUGUCAAUACAGCAAAUGAAAUAGAAAGAACAAUCUGUGCUGUGUGUUUUUAAAGAUGGUAUAUCUUAUCGUUAUCAACGGUAAACAUAGUUUUCAAUACAGUCUGUGUGAUAAAGUCUAGUUCAGUUUUACAGUACAUUGAAUACUUCAGCUUCCCUAAACGUCUAGGCUGAAAGAGGCUUGCUCGUUGUCAUAGAAACCACCGACCAACGAUGAUGCGGUAGUUCGUGACUUGCCAUGAUUGCGUCAGUUAGGUGCCAUCAGGAUUCUACCGGCUGUGAGAAUUGAACGUGUUCUUUCAGCAUCGGCUCUUCGGCCUCUAUCUCCUAGACUCUGCAUUUAUAGAUUUAAUCGAUCUCUGGCUCUAUUGAUUUGCAAAUUGAGCUGAAGUCGCCGAAUCUCCCGUUUUUUUCUACUUGAUAGCAUCGAUAGUCAGAUAAGGGACAAACGUCACCAUCCAUUGUGGUGCCAAGUGACUCAGGAAGUUGGCGACGACGUUGGCCAUGUUUCUACUUUACUAGCUCCUUUUCUCCUUUAAUGGUUUUGGAACCUGGCUACAUCAGAUGUAAAUAUCGACGCCAUGUUCUGCGGCUUUAUACGGACACAUUGCUACAAAGUAGCGAUUACGGCUUUGGCCGUAUUGGUGUUUUUUGAAUACGGUUUCGGAGUUUUCUAUGAAGAAAAUAGAAGAAUCAACGAGGCCUAUUUCACCUUCAAUUUGACGGCGCCUCGGUUGUCCGCUGCGGCAGGAACGUACAACGACACCGACUUCAACUACUCCGCCACGGCUAACAUGACAUUGAUCGCUCUUCAGAGCAGCAACAGCUCUGAUCCGUAUCAGCUUGAUUUGUUGGCCGACUCGCUCAAUUUCACGCGAAAGCCUUUAAUGUGUCCUCUAGUGUCGCCAUUACUCGUGGGGCGAAUGAACGUGUCCAAAGUCGCGAUGCCCAUGAAUACGUUUGAAGAAAAGUAUGGUCCAUUAUUAGGGCCUGGCGGAAGAUACCAUCCACCUAAUUGUCAGGCUCAUUACAAAGUCGCCAUCAUCAUCCCUUACCGUAAGCGGGAGGAACACCUUCAAGUAUUUAUUCAGCACAUGCAUCCGUUCCUUCAACGACAGCAAAUUGACUACGGCAUUUUCGUCGUUGAACAAUCUGGUGAGACGCCGUUCAACCGCGCAAUGUUGAUGAACAUUGGAGCUGCCGAGGCUUUACGCCAAGAUGGAUUCCAGUGUUUCGUCUUUCACGAUGUAGACCUCUUACCGGAAGAUGAUCGCAACACCUACUCUUGUCCGGAACAACCACGUCACAUGUCCGUCGCGAUUGACGUCUUCAAAUAUCGGUUACCUUACGAAGGCUUGUUUGGAGGAGUGAGCGCGAUGACGACCGAGCAUUUUAUUAAAGUAAACGGAUUCUCCAAUUUAUUUUGGGGCUGGGGUGGCGAGGACGACGACAUGUCGAGCCGGAUAAAAUAUCACAAAUUGAUCAUCUCGCGAUACCCACCCAGCACCGCACGUUAUACCAUGCUAUCGCACAAGAAAGCGCGGCCCAAUCCCAAUCGCUACAGAGUCAUGCGUAAUGGAGCGAAACGCUCGAAAGUCGACGGACUAAGCAACUUAAAGUACAAGCGCCUUGAUUUACAGAUGAAUCCGCUCUAUAUCCACAUCCUGGUGGAUAUUAAACCUUCGUAACAAACUCGAUGGAAAAAAUACUUAAAAAAAUGUCAUGACCCAAUCAGAAACAAUUUCACGUUUUUCUUUCAUAUUUUGAUUUCCCUGUCCUGCUGGAUUGGCAUUCCUGCGGCAACUGAAGCUGUCCUUUUUUUUGGCAAAGGAUAGUUAUCUUUUAGCUGUAAAGUUGAUCCAAAGUGCUUUUCGCACAUCAUUAAAUUCCUCACGAUAACCUUCAACUAGAUGAAACUUGUACAGUUUUGCCUACGCCACCGACACGUUAAAAAAAAAGUCUUUUUACAUACCAUGCUCGGAAAGUGUAUAGAAGAUGCCAGUUAUAGAUCUAGUCGUUCUCCAGUCUUAUUGUUUACCUUUUCCAACUUUUUCCCCCUCACCGGUUGAACCACUUGUCUUGUCUAUUGGUAAUGUGGUGUGAUGAAUAUCAUGUUGCUACUUAAAAUUAUACACUGAUUAACGAUG